AUGAACCCUGUGGAAGGGUGUGAUGGUAGUGUCUUUCGAAAUGAUCUUAUGGUUUUGUGUGAUACUUGUGAGAUCUUUUUGUAUUGGAGAAGCAAUAUUAUGUUUUUCACUGGAAUUUGGGGGUAUUUUUAUCUGAACAAAUAUGGACUGGAUACGCAAGAUAUGGUGCAGAAAUUGCCCUUUUUCCUCUCGAUUUGGUUCAUCUUUCGUAAUUCUUUCAAUUCCUCACUCCAAAUCAAGGAAAUUUAUCUCAAUAAGGCUCUAAGUAGACGUAGGUCAGCAUCGGGUGAAGAAGAAGAGAUGCGAAGGGCCAUCGGUAUCCAUGGCGAUGGAGCAAUUGGCGCAGAGGCAAGCGAUCAAGAGGUCGUUGGCAUAGUGAUGAUCGACGGAGGAUGCACUGGCGGGGAAGGGACCCCAUUCUAUAGAGGCGAGGUGCCAUGGGAGCUGCCUGGUGAGGCGACCCAAGUCAUUGAAGGGGAGGUUCCAUGGGCACUGCCAAGCGAGCCAAUGCUGAGGCGAGCUGGGGCGAAGAUUCAUGAGGGUCUGGGUGGCAUCGUUGGGCGCUUGGCGCCAUUAGGCGAGCACUUCACGGGCAUUGAAGGCGAGGCACCUUUGGCGUCGUAG